CGCAUUGCUGAAGCUAAAAUAAUAUGGAACCCCGCCGGCGGUGAGCCGCGCCCAUCUAUUUGUUUCUCCAACUUCCGCAUUCCGGGCCGUCACUUCUGGAUGUCGAGAAGUGUACCAGUCUCCGAUCCUGCACAGCUUCGCUACGCUUGUUGCUGAGAGCAGUCCCUCAGACAAAAAAAAAAUUGCCAAUGCCAGCAAUAAAACAAUUCCCCACCCAACUGGCCCACACCCUCAAAACCCACAAUGGCCCCGUGAACGCAGUGACCUUCUCCAGCUAUCCUGGAACCUAUGUCCUCACCGGCUCGACAGAUCGCGCUAUUCACCUCUCCCGGGCUAUUCCCAACAAUAACAAUGCACCCGCCGCAGAAACGACAUCCCCGAUCCAGAAGUAUGAAGCGCACGGGUACUCUGUGUUGGACAUUGCCGUCGCAGCAGACAACUCCCGGUUCGCCAGCGUUGGUGGAGACCGCCAGGUUUUUCUGUGGGAUGUCGAGCAAGGUGGAACAAUCAGGCGCUGGAGUGGACAUAAUGCACGUGUUGAGGCAGUCCAAUUCGCAGGCGAAGACGACUCUGUAGUUGUGUCUGGCAGUGCAGACACAACUAUCAACAUCUGGGAUACCAAGUCCAACUCCUACAAGCCAAUCCAGACCCUCACCGAAGCCCGAGAUACCGUUUCUUCCUUGCACGUACAUAUGCCCACGUACUCUAUCGCCAGCGCGAGCUACGAUGGUCGAGUCCGAGUAUACGAUAUCCGAAUGGGGCGCACCCUUGUUGAUGUUCUCGCGCACCCUGUUACUAGUGUUCGCUGCUCCAGUGACGGCAAUGCUCUUCUAGCAUCUACAACAGACGGGCGCAUCCGAAUGCUGGACCGGAGUGACGGCAAGCUAUUAAAGGCGUUUGGUGGCGACGAUGCCAGUCCAAUCCAAGGUAAUAGCACUGCCAUAUAUCGCAAAAGCGAACUUCGAAUUCGCUCUGUUUUCGCGAAAGCAGACGCCAUUGUCCUCAGCGGGAGUGAAGCGAAUGACUCCGGCAACGGCAAUGGUGCUACGCAGGCGUCCGUAUUCGCCUGGGAUGUGCUUAGUGGAGAAGUGGUCGCGUGUGUUCCAACUGGACCAGGCGUCAAGGCCGUGAGUGCUGUAUCGUGGAAUGAAAAAGGAGGUUGCUGGGCUGGUGGUUGUUCAGACGGAACUGUCAAAGUCUAUCGCUAAGUUUAGGCUGUGUUGUCCGACCCUUGCUCAGCUAGCUAGCGACUUAGCUAUCAAGCUAGUUCCCAGCCACUCAUCAACUAAUCAAGACAAGACAAGACAAUAACCCAGCAACCCAGCCAUCCGGUCAAACUGGCAAGGUUCACCGUCAGCAAAAUAAUCAUCAGCCACCAGCGCCGACGCACAGACAUUUUCAUCCUCUUGGCUUCCCUUCCCACCCCAUGCUCGUGUUCCAACCAUGACUGGAUACCAUGCAAGCUUAUAAGAAAACGCCACCACCACCAUCAGCACGUGUAGCGUGUAGCGUGUAGCGCUUGUCAAAGCACAAAUGCGAACGGAUGUUCUCAGCCUUGUUGCCUGCAUUAUCCAUUCCCCCCAUCAGUACUGCUGACUGCUAGCCAGCCAGCCAGCCAACAUUGGCUGAUGUCUAUCAUCUUGCUUACUUUCCGUCUUUGCCCCUUCCUUCUCGGAUAUCCCCGGCAAAAUAAAUAGAUAGAUUGCGUUGCGUCGCC